AUGGCGACACCACAGACUUCCGCCUCGCUGUUCAGCCCCGACGUUCUCUUCGAUAACCCGGUUUUCGCAGGCGGCAUCGGUCUUGCCUCUAUCGGCGCUGCCGCUGCCUUUGCUCGUAGGGGCGCUAUUGUGGCCUUUGGAGCUGCUCGGCGACGACUCCUCGUCAACGUUGAGAUCAGCAAACAAGAUCCCGCCUAUCCCUGGAUCCUUGCUUGGUUAUCUCAGCCGCGUGAGGCCGCUGGUUUCAUCGCCUCCCGCAUCACCCGAAUUCAUAAUUUGUCUGUUACCACGACGACAACACACACAAAAGGCCCUUAUGCUGGAGGUCCUGUCAAUGCCAGCUUUUUCCUCCAGCCCGGAUAUGGGCGACAUGUGGUUAAAUUUGGCAAUGCAUACAUUGCCGUUAGCCGGGAAAAGCAUAGCACCGCCAAUAUGAAUACGGGUGAGCCCCACGAAAUCGUUCAGCUGACAACGCUUUGGGCCUAUCGCCAUACUUUCGAGGGAAUAUUUGCCGAGGCUCAUCGCUUGGCUGCUAAGGCAAACGAAGGGAAAACCGUAGUAUACUCGGCUCGAGGGAUGGAAUGGGCUCCUUUGGGUGAUCCGAGAAAGAAAAGGCCGCUUGGUUCCGUGAUCUUGGACGAUGGGGUCAAGGAAAGCAUUGUUGCGGAUGUCAAAGACUUUCUCUCCCGCCAGGGAUGGUAUGUAGACCGUGGGAUCCCGUACAGGCGAGGUUAUCUCUUAUAUGGGCCGCCAGGAAGUGGGAAGAGUUCAUUCAUACAAGCUUUGGCAGGCGAACUUGACUUUGGUGUGGCCACAAUCAACCUCAGUGAAAUGGGUAUGACCGACGACAAACUGGCGUACUUGCUGACAAAGCUGCCUAAGAGGUGCUUGUUGCUCCUGGAAGAUGCGGAUGCUGCAUUUGUGAACCGUCGGCAGCGUGAUGCUGAUGGGUAUAGUGGUGCAAGCGUCACCUUUUCCGGCCUACUAAAUGCACUAGAUGGUGUUGCGGCCGGCGAAGAGCGGAUAGCCUUUCUCACCACGAAUCACAUCGAGCGACUAGACCCAGCACUGAUCCGACCUGGCCGUGUGGACAUGAUGCUGAGGAUUGGUGAAGCGACUAAAUACCAAGCCGGGCAGAUGUGGGAUCGUUUUUAUGGCGAUGAGGACAACAGUGGUUCUAGGAAAGAGCACUUUCUACGUCGCCUGGAUGAGUUAGGAUUGUUUGGCACGAGCCCCGAUGGCACUCCUUCCAACCGGCGGACGAGUACGGCGGCAAUUCAGGGUCUGUUCUUGUUCAACAAGAGCAAUAUGCAAGGAGCCAUCGACAUGGCUCAAGGGUUGAUCCCCCGAAAAUUUGAAGAUGAUGCAGCUUCUGAUACAGCACACAAAUGA